GAACCUUGUGCGCGCGGAACCUCGCUACCGGAGUGCAGCCGCGGCGGACCCGGAGGGCGAUGGAGCGGGCGCGCGGGUCGCGGGCCGAGGCCGACGCGCCCGAGGAGGAGGAGGAGGAGGAGAAGGUGGGGGCGGCCAUGGCUGCCGCGGUGGCGGCGACGGGUGGCGCGGGCCCGGCGGUCCUGCAGGUGGCCGGCCUCUACCGCGGCCUGUGCGCGGUGCGCAGCCGCGCCCUGGGCCUGGGGCUGGUGUCCCCCGCGCAGCUGCGCGUGUUCCCGGUGCGCCGCGGCUCCGGCCGCCCCGCGGGGGGCGCUGAUGGCAGCGGGGUCGAGGCCGAGCUCGAGGCCAAUCCCUUCUACGACCGCUACCGCGACAAGAUCCAGCAGCUGCGCAGGUCUGACCCAGUUGCUUUUGAGUCCCGACUGGAGAAGCGCAGUGAGUUUCGGAAGCAGCCAGUGGGGCGCUCCAAGCAAGGCGACUUUAUCAAAUGCGUGGAGGAGAAGACAAACACACUGGGGAAACAGCCUAAGAGCAGAGGAUUCACCAAGGACAAGACUCUCAGUUCAAUCUUUAACAUUGAGAUGGUGAAAGACAAAACUGCAGAAGAAAUAAAACAGAUUUGGCAGCAGUAUUUUGCAGCAAAAGAUACAGUCUACGCAGUUAUUCCUAAAGAGAAAUUUGACUUGAUCUGGAACCGGGCUCAGUCCUGUCCAACAUUUCUGUGUGCACUACCGAGAAGAGAAGGUUAUGAGUUUUUUGUUGGACAGUGGACAGGCACUGAACUGCACUUCACUGCGCUUAUAAAUAUUCAGACCCGAGGGGAAGCUGCAGCCAGCCAGCUGAUUUUAUAUCACUACCCUGAACUUAAGGAAGAAAAGGGCAUAGUGCUGAUGACAGCGGAGAUGGAUUCCACAUUUCUGAAUGUUGCUGAGGCACAGUGCAUUGCCAACCAAGUUCAGCUCUUCUAUGCCACUGAUCGGAAGGAGACCUUUGGGUUAGUGGAGACCUUUAACUUCAGGCCCAAUGAAUUCAAAUACAUGUCUGUCAUCGCUGAGUUGGAGCAAAGCGGACUUGGAGCAGAACUGAAAUGUGCUAAGAACCAGGAUAAGACUUAGAGCCGUAAGCUUGGCACAUAGAAUCUGCUCAGCCCUGGAUGGUCCUGAGGCUCCCCAACACUUGAACUCUCGGGAGCUCAGCAUCUGCAAUGAGCAGUCUCUAGUAGGUUGUCCUGUGUGCUUAUUGGAAGAGGCGGCAUGGAGGCGAGCCCUACUCCUUGAUAUCCAGGAGUGAAGGUACCCAAGCAUUCUGAUAAUCAUCUCCAGGUGUACUUGACGUUUCCUUUUUAAAUGUUUGAGGUCAAACCAGAGACAGCCAAGGAUCCACAACACGGUUGGCCUGCUUUUACUCAGUGUACUAGUGCAUUUGUAUUCUGGCCGUUUGGACUGCACAGCUCCCAGUGGGUUAGUUCCUCGUGUUUAUGCGACAGGCUAGUAAGCUUGAAGGCCUGCAGUUAGAUGUGGCCUUUACCUCCUUUUCCCACUGGGCUGACCAAAGGCAUAAGCCCAAUACCCUAUAUUUGGACUCUAGGAUAACCAGAUAGUGCCAGCUAGAUGCCCCCAGAGUUGCCUUUAGUGUAGCUUGUUUGGAAUAUCAGUAGAUUUCAAGUACGGUUAAACACACAGGUACCGUGCCUACGUAUUUUUAACCCAUAGUUGGUGGCAUCUGCUUCUCUAACUUGGCCUGUUGGAAUUUGUAUAUUUGGAGGGGCUGAAUUAGUGCAGUGUAAAUAAAUCAGUACUUGUAAAGAGAGGAUCAAUCCAGAUUUGCAUUUUUAAAAAAAAAGAAUAACUCUAAACCAUGCCAGUACUAUUAGAAAAAGUGGGUAGAAGCAAAUGUUCCCAUAUUGGGUGUGGGAAAAAUGUAGCAAUAAAAUAAAGUCUGGCUUACAAUAUUUGUUAGACUAAAUAAUGAAAUCUGAGCUAUGUCCAUAGUGUCAGUGCUGUGGGCCGAUUUCAUCCAAACUCGUCUUUGGACCCAGCAGUUGCUUGAAAUGCCAAAAGCAAGAAACAAGCUCUCCAGCGCUGGAAACGCAGGUUUGGUUUGUAGAGUCCCUGUUGGGCUCCAAGCUCAGUGAUAGAAGAGCGUGGUGGUUACACACCAGCCUUCCAAACUCGAGGCCCAGAGCCCCCCAUUUUGUCGUCAACACCUUUGUUAUGCCUCUCCUUCUCUUCCUCUAACUGCCCCACUGCUGCUCCUGCCUCUGCCCUGGUGAGUGUCACUGAACACGGCGAGUGGAAUGUAACCAGGAUUUGCAGUUCGUGUGUGUUUUCUUUACUGCAGGAGACUUAUUAUAGGCUGGGCCUGUCCCCAAGUUCUUUAAAUGGGAUUGGACUUCCCAUUAUUUUCUGAGUUAUGUAUAUUUUGUUGUACUUUUGAGUCUGUGUGUAGAAAGAGACAGGGAGUAUUCAUUUAACCUGGAAAGGUGGCUGGUCUUUCACAAUUUCUCUAAAGGUUGAACUGUUUCCUAGUACAAAUUCAGGCCUCUGGUCCUGACAGUUCAUUUUUUUGAGAAACUUGAGUCUGGAUGUUUUGAGUCCCAGGCAUUUUUUAUAUUGGGUGAAGUUUCUUUCAUGAGUAUGUUUGCUCUUCCCUCUAGAUGUACCCACUCUUUAGCCAUAAUACAUUUCAUAACACCUCCACCAGGGAGUUCCCUGGUGGUCUAGCGGAUAGGAUUCGAUGCUUUCACCUCUGCAGCCCAUGUUCAAUCCCUGGGAACUGAUAUCCCACAUUAAGACACUGCGACGGCCAAAACAAAACAAAACAACCACCUCCAGCAGAGGAUGAGAAAAUGAUGGGAAAAGAAAUCAGAACUGGCUGCUCAUUUUAUUGUUCCUCCCAGCUUUGCCCUAAAUCCCUACUCACCAGAGAAGGGACAGUUACGUUGGACAUCUGGCUGUUCUUUAUAUGUACCUAGCCAGAUCUGCCAAAGAGCUAAAAGAAAAUCCUAGCGUUGAUCAGUACCCUGGUACAACAUGAAGUUAUAGCAGGUGGACAGGCGCUCGAGUUAAGUGAAUCUGGGUUCAGUGACAGGGUUCAUCAGCUCCAUAAUGUUGAACAGAUUACUUAAACUCUCUAAUUCUGUUUCUUCAUCAGUAAAUUGGGUAUAAUAACAUCUACCUCAUAGGAAUAUUUUGAGAAUGCAAUUAACUUAUAUAGAGACUCUCGCAGAGCCAAUAACUGUUAAUUCCCUUCCUUUCCUCUACUUCCCCUGCCUCUCACUAAAGGCCAACGGAUGAGGUGAUCAUUCUUCAUUCCAGUCUUAAGAGCAAACCUUAUCUCACAGGUUCUCAAAACUUUAGGUUGCAAUAGAAUUACCUAGAAUGCAGACUCCCAGGUCCCAAACCCCAACCUGGUGAAUCAUAAUCUUUGCAAAAGGUACUGGGAAUCUAUAUUGUAAUAUGUACUCCAGAUUCUGAUGUAGGUAAUUAGCCAGCCACACUUUGGGAACCAUUGCCAUAUCAGUUCUUCACAAAAAAUACCAUUAGCCAGGUCUGCCUUUCCUGUGGACGCUAAUCAUAGAAUCACGUUCCUCUGCUCUUUGCCUCCCAUAGUGGCCCCUCUGCGUACUUUAUAUUAUAUUUACUUAUGUACGCGUAUUUUUUCCCCAUUAGACUGUGAGCUCCUACAGGGCCAGAGUCUAUCUCCAUUCCCAGUACCGAGAAUAUGGCCUGAAACAUGGAAGAUACUCAGUUUUCUGUUAAGUAAAUAAAUGACAUGGAUUUUAGCCAAAACAUUA